CCUUCGUCUCCUCUUAGUUGAGAAAACCCUGUCGAGGUGACCAUAGCGGAAACGGUUCGCUCUGUGCUUUCGUGGUGCCGUGCUAGCCUGGCUUGGAAAACAAAAAUUGAUAACUAACUUUGUUCCCCAGUGUUGAGUGUCAAAAUUUGGUGUGAAGAGUGUCAGAGAAUCAAAAUCGGAUAAUUUGACACAGUUUUUGUUGAGGCAAUGCAGUUUUAAAAAAAACGUGACGGGAACAAGACGAAGUGCGCACAAGUGGGAUAAUAUGUAGAGGAGUGUCUCUUGCUUGGCACACACAAAUCAAUUUUCGUAGUGAUCCCCCAAGAGCAGCCAACCCUCGCCACAAGAUGCGGUUUCCUGCCCUACACAUAGGCUUCCUCGUAGUCAUUAGUUGCUUAACCUCACACGCCAUCCCGGUCUCUUUCGACACGGAGAGCGCGGAUGACGGGAGUGACCUUUUAUCUCAGUCCGAGUCCGACUUUGGGACAAGACUUCGUCGCGGAGCGGAAGACGCUGUCGCAGUCAAAUCUACAAGCGAAAAGUCAUCCAGCAAAAAUACCGCUCAAGACAGACAGGACGAUAUCGUAGACGUCUUGCGAGCUUUGAAUCUCCCAGAUGACUUUGCCGACGCGUCAUCCUCCAAAUCCAAUGAAGUCUCGGCGCCCACUUCCGCCUCGUCGAAAACGAGAUCCGCCACCAACCCCACGUCCCCAACACUUUUGGCGGCUGCGUCGUCUGCGUCUUCCGUCACGUCGGAGGGUCAGGCUCGAGUGGCACGACAAUAUUUUAUGACGGGAAAUGCAAUGCUGGACAAGAUCAUGAACUGUCCAUGUCAGAAGGAUCAGCUCGAAUCGGUGGGGGUGAAAGGAGUCGCGUGGAGUAAUCAGCCAGACCCUGCCAUUUAUCGAGAUCCACCAUACGGUCCGGACGCCCUUGGACCUGGAGACGUUAUCGCGACCAAUCUAAAGUCUGUGGGAGGAACGACGGGGAACGUUUUUGGACAGUUGAUCCGUCUCAUUUUGGGUCUGCCAAAUUUAGCCUUGUCGCUUCUGAAGCCUUUAGUCGUAGGGGCGGCGGAUACCUUGGCGCAGACGACGGACGCCGCAGCAGGAGUUACGCAACAAGCAGCAAAGAGCGUCCCAGUUGCCGUCCGAUCGGGUGCUCUCGUACUGAAAAAACUUCUCGAAACUGUCGGCGACGUGACUGGAGGAUUGCUUCACGUCCUCUCCAACCUUGUGGCUUCUCUCGCCGCGGCGAAAACCAGUCUCUCGGGAACGUUACCGUUCGCAUUCGACAUUCUGGGCGACGUUAGCGGGCGUGUGUCGCAAACGGUCGGAACAGCCGUGGACUGGGUGGCCGGAACGAAGGAGAUCUUGGCCUCGGGUGUCGUUCAAGCUGCCAAAACGAAGGGAAAUCUCUUCUCCGGCCUCGUCGAGGGGACCAAAGGGUUUGGAACCGGACUUCUCGAAGGGAUCAAAUACGGCGUCAAUGAUGAAACACCUCCAGCUCAAGAACAUGGUUGGAAACGUUAAGUUUUCAUUAACCCUUAAUUUUCAUUCUGACUUCUUCACCUUUUUUCUCCUCAUCGUCGUCGUCCCUACUUUGUGGUCAAAACACGUCAGCAAAGAACGUAUAAUAUAGAUUGUUUGUUUGGGCGUGAUGGAAUGAAUAUCGUAUGUAUGGCAGGUUACAUAUGCAGAUUUUACAGCAGUUUGGAUUUGAUAAGACUACUCCUUUCAUCCAACACUGUGAUGUUGUCUCAUGUUAUCCAUUUCUCCGGAUUUUAGCAGAGAAUAUAUUUUAUAUAAUGAGAAAAUUUAUUUUCCUAUGGUCAAGUCUGGUUUUUUAUAUACAUACAUUUAAAUACUACUCAUUUACCCAUCAUCAUCACCUUAUUGUUUAUUUUUGAAAGUUUAUACAGUGUUAAUUAGAUUUAUUAAAGAUAUACGUACGUACAUAUCCAAAUAAAUAGUUGUGUAGGGAGGAGAAGAAACUAAUCAAGUAGUUAAACAUAAAGAUAAAUACGUCAUACAUAAUUGGGAGCAGCUCGUUUCUAGUUGUUCUUAAAUUUUCAAUGUAGAAAUAAGAAAAAAAUAAAAUGAAAAACCAUUAAAAAAUGAUGACCAACCGACAAAACGGGAAAAUGAGAUUUGUAUUUGUUGUUAAUAUAAAUAUUUGUUUGCUCCAAUAAUUAAUAAGAUUUGUUUUAAUUACUCAUGCAUAAUUAAUAAUUAUUAUUAUUAAUUUACACGUUUGUCCUGGUGUGUGAUACAUAUUAAAUUAGUGAUUGGAUCGAUAGAUUGGAGGUGGAGGUGGACAAAAUCGUAAAGAAAAUGUUGUGCAAAUAUUGUCACUGCAACAUUUCUUACGAGCUGAAUCAUGAUUUAAUCAAGCUGCAAGCAACCUGCACUUGUGAAAGUUUAUAUUUGUGUAUAUUUUACGAGUGGAGAAGACGUCGUGCAAUACUGAAUCAGAGAUUAAAGAUUUUUACAAGUC